AUGUUUCAAUUAUAAGGGGACAGCGAAAUAAUUAUUUAGGGUGAAAUUCCUGAUCUUAAAAACUUACCAGAAAAAAAAAUCUUAAAAAUAUUCAUCAAUAACUAAACUAUUGGAUAAUAAUUAAAGGAAGAAAUGCUCUAAUAAUAUGAUUAAAAGGAUUAUGAUCUUGAUCUUUAUUUUGAAAAAAAACUGCUGGAUUUAAAUACACCAUUGAUUCAACAAGGGGUUAAUAGUGGUAGAUAAAUAAUAUUUGAAUUUGUGGCUCCAAUUAUAAUAAUAGUAAAUUCAAAAGCUCAACAAUAUUCAAUUAAGGUGACAUCUUAAAUGACAACAUUGGACUUAGAAAUAUAACUUAAUCAAUUAUUUAGUACGAAGAAGAGAUUUUCGUUCCUCAAAGAUGGAGAAAUUAUCUCCCCUAAUAAUUAUUUAUUCAAUUAAAAAAUUAUAAAGAAUGCCACUAUACAGGCUAAUGUCAUAAAUGAUGCAGGAAAAUGA